UAAUGUAAUGAUAAUGGCGGAAUACAAAAAUUAUUUUGAAAAAACGUUGAAUUUUAUUAGUAUUUAUCAAGAAUUGAUAGAUUGCCAUUUGGUUGACUUUAUUACCGAAAAAUUGUGGGACAAAUGUUUACCAGGGAAACUGAAAUCAGAACUCGAAAGUAUUAAUACAACUGACGAUAUUUGGAUGGAAAAUAAUACAAGUCCCGAAUUGAGUAAUUUCAUACAAUUAACAAGAUCACUUUCUUUAGAAUCGUGUUCAGCUGUUAUAUGUGUGGAUGAUUUACUAAAACUAUUACCGCAGUUUCCUAGUAAAGAACAAUCAAUUAAAAACAAAUUUAUUGAGUCAAAGUCUCAAUUAAUGAAUACCAAGAAAUCAUAUGAAAUUGAUGUUCUUGGAAAAAUUAUUGCCGAAAUGGCACUUUCCACUCACAGUUUAGUAAUAGAUGCUGGAGCUGGAAAAGGAUAUUUGUCGACAUAUUUAUCAGAGCAUUUUGAUGUUCCUGUAUUAGCAAUUGAUUCAUCGCAAGCUUGCCAUAAAGGUGCAAUAAAUCGUCAGGAAAAAAUUCGAAAAAGAAAGCAAUCGCUAACAAAAAUUCGAUAUGUAGUUCAAGAGUUAGACGAUACAACUGAUUAUAACAAGAUAGUGAAUACAAAUUAUCCUGAUUGGAGUGUAAAUAGAAAUCUGAUUUUGACAGGAUUACAUACUUGUGGAAUGCUUGUGCAUUCUGUAAUGAAAGCUUUUUUACAUGCAAAGGACAUUCACCUGCUUUUUGUAGUCCCAUGUUGUUAUCAUUUAACAGAUGAAUCAUUGAGUGGACGUUGGAUUUUCUCUAAAAAUGCUAGAAUGUUGGCUCAACAAUCUAUUGAAAGGAGUAGACUUAAUAAACAUUUUUCUCCUUCAUUAUUUUACAGAGCUGUGUUACAAGUUAUUCUGCAUUCUAUGGGAUAUUAUAAUACUAAAGUUGGUAGUGGUGGACCAUUGGAUAAUUUUCCAGAUUAUGCAAAAUGGGCCUUAUCCAAAAUUGGAGUAGAUAAUAAACAGAUACCAUCUACUCGUGCAUUGCAGGAAAUAUAUCAGAAUCACAUACAUUUUAAAUCAAAGUUGCAUCUCUUUCAAAUAUUAAGAAUAUAUAUAAGUUCAGUGGUGGAAGCAGCGAUUAUGUUGGACAGAAUAAUAUUUCUACAAAAUAAUGCCCAACAUUCGAAGAUUGCUGUAGUACGCUUAUUUGAUGCAACGGUCUCCCCCAGAUGUUAUGCAAUAUUUAUGAUAAAAUAAAUGUAAUAAAUACAAAAGGAUGAUAUAUGGAAGAUAUGAAAAGAUGGAGGAAAAAAGAAUAAAAGAUUUAACCAAA